AUGGAACGUAAAAACGGGUUGCCAAGAGAAGCUACCCUGGACAAUGAAUAUAUAAAAAAUCGGAUUAAUAUAAUAGAUUAUGAGUCGUUUGAAAAAAUAACUCCUUUAUUAUCAAAAAAUCAAAUUCCUAGUAAAAUUGUUUUGGCUUCGUAUGGAAAAAAGCAAACUACUGUUUGUUUAAAAACGUUAAGACCAAAUUAUUUUAAUAAUAAGAAAUUUGAUCGAAAUGUUAUCGAACGAUUUGUAAAUGAGUUGAUGCUAUUAACAAAAUUAUCUCAUACCAAUGUCGUGAAAAUUUUGGGUUUAUGUCAAGACACGAUAAGUGAUAAUACAUUCCUUGUUAUGCGAUAUGUUAAUGGAGGGUCCUUACGACAAUAUUUACAACAAAAUUACUCACAGCUUACCUGGAUUGAUAAAAAGAGGAUUGUAGAAGAAAUUGGUAAAGGAUUACAUUAUGUGCAUAAUGAAGGAAUUUCACAUCGAAAUUUGAAUCCUGAUAAUAUAUUAGUAAAUGAUGGUCAUAUGAUGAUUUCAAAUUUUGGCACUUCAAAUAGUGAGCAAGGAAUAUUGACUCUUAACGAGAUGAUCUCGUUUAUUGAACCUUUGUAUUUGAAAGAUCGAAAUUAUCAACGAGAUAAACGAUCUGAUAUUUACAGUUUAGGUGUUGUUAUGUAUGAAGUAUCAAGUGGUCGACCUCCUUUUGAAUUGACUGGUUCCAAUUUUCGCCUUUUACUUCAAUUAAUUUUGAAUGGUGAUAGAGAAUCAGCAAUUACACCUGGUACUCCUAUUCAAUAUGUUCAACUAUAUAGGAAUUGUUGGAGUGAAGAUCCUAACAAACGUCCAACUGCUGAACAAAUAUUGGAUAAAAUUGUAAAGAUAGAUAUAAUACCAUCUGUACAUGAUUCUAACCGUCGAUUCAAACUCGAAUUACCACAAAAGUCUCCAUCUCUUGAUCCUCCUCCACUUAUUUCACCACGAGUAGAUUCAAUUGGUUGGCGCAAUUCAAUACAUGAAAUUAAUCUUGACCAAAGCAAUUCAAGUUAUUUUACUCAAUCAGGAUCAAAUUUUGAAUCAAAUCUUGGAUCGAAUCUUGGAUCAAAUCUUGGAUCGAAUCUUGGAUCAAAUCUUGGAUCAAAUCUUAGUGCCAGUGACCCAUCAUUAAAUAGUAGGCCCAGGGAAAAGUCACGUAGCGCGAGCUAUGAAAUCUUAUUGAAUAAACGUCCUUUUGUUUUAAAUGAAAAAAGUCAAAGCUUUCAUAUUCCAACUAAUGAAAAACCCGAAGAGAUAAAUCCUAAUAUAUUUAAGAUACGUGCUACAUCAUCAUUAUUUGAUAGUCGACAACCACAAAUAAUUUUAAUGGCACGUUAUUCACCAUCAAAAAGCAUUAUUCCAGUUUUAAAUACAUUAAAGAGACAAGGAGCAGAUUUAAUGAAAAGAGAUAUUUAUAAGAAAAAAACAAUAUUUCAUAGUCUUGUAUGGAAUGAUGAUUUAUUUGAUAUAUCAUUUGAACGAUCCAAAAAACUUCCUCGACAUGAUCGUUUUAGAUCAGUAAUACGAUGGUUAAUAUCAAAUGGUUUAGAUAUAGAUGCAACUGAUAAUUUUGGAUGGACAGUACUUCAUGAAGCAAUAUGGAAACGUAAAGAACCAGGAGUAAUUUUAGCAUUAUUAGAAAAUAAUGCAAAUCCUAAUAUUGCAGAUAAUUUUGGAUUAACACCAUUACAUCAAUGUUUAGAUAUUUUACGUAAAACAAAACGUGAUGAUGAAAAUUUCAAUGUUUUCACAAUAAUAAAAUUACUUUUAAAUUCAGGAGCAGAUCCAAAUUUAACAUUACCCGAUUAUACAUUAACAAUUUCAGGAGCUUCAUUACCAAAUUGUUUAUUUGCAGCAGUUUAUCUUGGACUUCCAUUGGAUAUUAUCGAAUUAAUGAUUAAAAGAGGUGCAGAUGCUACAUCGACUACAUUUAUGGGAUUAUUUUUACUUGAUUUUGCAUCAAAAGUAAACAAUACAUUAGCAUUAAAAUAUUUGGCUGAUAAUAGGAAUUUAAUGA